AGACGCCAUGUGGGGGGCCCUGACGUUCCUGCCUCUGCUGCUACUGGGAAGCGGACCUCGGGGGGCCACUGGUGGCGGGGCUGGUGGGGCAGCUGGAUACGCCCCUGUGAAGUACGUGCAGGUGCAGCCCAUGCACAAAGGACCUGUAGGACCCCCCUUCCGAGAGGGCAAGGGCCAGUACCUGGAAAUGCCUCUACAGCUGCUGCCGAUGGACCUGAAAGGCGAGCCCGGCCCUCCUGGGAAGCCUGGACCUCGGGGACCCCCAGGUCCUCCCGGCUUCCCUGGAAAACCAGGCACGGGGAAGCCAGGGCUCCACGGGCAGCCUGGCCCUGCAGGCCCCCCAGGCUUCUCGAGGAUGGGCAAAGCUGGUCCCCCCGGGCUCCCAGGGAAGGUUGGGCCACCAGGACAGCCAGGGCUCCGGGGGGAGACAGGAAUACGAGGGGACCAGGGCCUCCGGGGGCCUCCAGGACCCCCUGGCCUCCCUGGCCCCUCAGGCAUUGCUGUCCCUGGCAAACCAGGUCCCCAGGGGGUGCCAGGACCCCCAGGGUUCCGAGGGGAACCAGGGCCUCAGGGGGAGCUUGGGCCCCCCGGCAGUCGAGGCCUCAAGGGGGAUAAUGGAGUGGGCCAGCCCGGGCUGCCUGGGCCACCGGGGCAGGGGGGUGCCCCUGGGCCUCCCGGCCUCCCAGGUCCAGCUGGCUUGGGCAAACCUGGUCUGGAUGGGCCUCCUGGGGUCCCUGGAGACAAGGGUGAGUUUGGGCCUCCUGGGGUGCCAGGCCCCAGGGGGGAGCCGGGGUCUGUGGGCCCCAAAGGGCUCCCUGGGGUGGAUGGUAUAGGGGUCCCGGGGGCAGCAGGCGUGCCGGGGCUCCAGGGCCCUUCAGGGGCCAAAGGGGAGCCGGGGAGCCAGGGUCCUCCUGGUCUGAUAGGCCCAACUGGCUAUGGGAUGCCUGGACUGCCAGGCCCCAAGGGGGACAGGGGCCCAGCUGGGGCCCCAGGACUCCUGGGGGACAGGGGCGAGCCAGGUGAGGAUGGAGAGCAAGGGGAACAGGGCCCACAGGGCCUCGGGGGCCCCCCUGGGCUUCCUGGGUCUGCUGGACUCCCUGGUAGACGUGGGCCCCUUGGACCUAAGGGGGAGGCAGGGCCUGCAGGACCCCCCGGAACACCUGGCAUUCGGGGUGAUCAAGGACCCAAUGGCCUGGCUGGAAAGCCUGGCAUUCCAGGAGAGAGGGGCCUUCCUGGGGCUCAUGGACCUCCUGGACCAACAGGGCCCAAGGGUGAGCCUGGUUUUGCUGGCCGCCCAGGGGGACCAGGGGUAGCGGGAGCCCUAGGGCAGAAGGGUGACUUGGGAUUCCCUGGGCAGCCUGGCUUGAGGGGUCCCUCAGGAAUCCCAGGUCUCCAGGGCCCAACAGGCCCGAUCGGGCCCCAGGGCCUGCCAGGCCUUAAGGGUGAGCCAGGCCUGCCAGGGGCCCCUGGAGAAGGGAAGGUGGGGGAACCUGGCUUGGCUGGGCCCACUGGGCCCCCUGGGGUGCCAGGCUCCCCUGGACUUACAGGUCCUCCGGGACCUCCAGGGCCUCCGGGCCCUCCUGGCGCCCCUGGGGCCUUUGAUGAGACUGGCAUCGCAGGCUUGCACCUGCCCAAUGGAGGUGUGGAGGGUGCUGUGCUGGGCAAGGGGGGCAAGCCGCAGUUUGGGCUGGGCGAGUUGUCAGGCCAGGCCACGCCUGCUUUCACCGCAGUGCUGACCUCGCCUUUUCCGGCCUCGGGCAUGCCUGUGAGGUUUGACCGGACCCUCUACAACGGCCACAGCGGUUAUAACCCAGCGACCGGGAUCUUCACCUGCCCCGUGGGCGGUGUCUACUACUUUGCUUACCACGUGCACGUCAAGGGCACCAGCGUGUGGGUGGCCCUGUACAAGAACAAUGUGCCCGCUACCUACACCUACGACGAGUACAAGAAGGGCUACCUGGACCAGGCGUCGGGCGGGGCCGUGCUCCAGCUGAGGCCCAAUGACCAGGUGUGGGUGCAGAUGCCCUCGGACCAGGCCAAUGGCCUCUACUCCACGCAGUACAUCCACUCCUCUUUCUCCGGGUUCCUGCUCUGCCCCACAUAACCCGAGGGGGUCAGGGGGCCUGCACCCCGGCUACCACCGCCACCUUAGUGCUAGAGACAUUUGCAGUUACAAAGAACCUCCAUUUAAAGAAAAAAAUCCCCAGGUGGGUCCGAGGUGGCCAUGGCCAUGGCCACAGGAGACUGAUGGUGCAGGCUGAGCUGCUGCUCGAAUUCCCCUCCCUGCCUCUCUCCCGAUUCCUGCUGGCUACUCCAGAGGCUGGGUCCUGGGACACUCAGCUCGGCUAUAGGAGACCCCAACCUGGGUGUGGAGCUGCUCCCGAGCCACCGGGGGAGGGACUGUGCUCUAUCCACUGGAGACGCAUGCUGCCCAAGCCUGCCCUUCUGGCUGGCUAGGGCUCCUCCAGCCCUCGGCAGCAACCUUCCUAAGGAAGCAAAGGCAAGGGGGAGAAAGGGACCCAAGAUGGCCAGUGUGCACCCUGCUGAGGGCAACCCCAGUGAUUGCGCUGUCCUUCUGGCCCGUCUGUGGUGGGUACAGCCCCUGGGAAGGGGCAGCCCCUUUCCCAACUCCAGUUGCAGUCUCGGGCUAUCUGUGAGGGUCAGACCCGGGGCAGGAAGCAGCUUUCACUUAACUGUGUCUCCUGUGCUGUCCCCACCAGCAUCGGGCAGCCAUGCGGCAAAGCUCCAACAGGGGCAUGUUCAGCACAGGAGUGCCCUGGCAGGAGUGCCCCUCCCUUCUCCCUUGCACUUGCUGUGUGGAGACUGGCAUUGGUGACAAUGCUCUCACAUCCUGAGGGAUCCUCACUGACCCAAGACAGAGCGCACCUGGUUUGGCCGUGGGGGUGCACGCAAGCGUGGAGAUGAAGGCAUGUGACUCCUGCUUGCUUGCCUUACUAGGAAACACGUGGUGGGUCUGUGUGGGCUGGAGCGGCUAACCCACGGGGCUGCCUCUAGUUCCAAUGUCUUGUUCUAAGCAGGAUUAGGGCCCAGGAGGCUAUGGCUUUGAGAGAAAAGGUGCCAAUAGGUCCCUUUGGAGCGAGUUGGCUCUGGAUGCUUCUGCCAUCUCCCCAAACAUGCCUCCCCCUGUGGGAGGCACCACCCUCUCCCACUGGAUCUGUGCUGGGGGUGGGGGAUGAGGGGCAUUUUUGCCCAUACAAGGCUGGUGGGGUUCUUAGUGGUUCAAGGCCCUACACCCAGCCCGACCAGCCAAUUCACUUUCCCCAUACGUGUGAACCUGGGUUAUUGAGUGCAUGAUGUUGAACUGCUGCGAUGCUGGCCAACUCCAAGUUGUCCCCAUUGAAAAGAGGGUGACCACUGACUUACCACACUGUGGUGUCUCCCUCAGGCCCUUGCCCUCCUACCACCUCCAAACCCAGUGGGUUAGUGGACUGCUCACCCCCACUUUCAAAAGGAAACACCCAGGCCUGCCCACCUGACACUUCAGGAAAGGUCUUGGCUGGGAUGUUGAGCAGGCUUUAUGCCCGAACACCCAGGCAAAUGGGCUAGAAAAGCCUCACAUGGUGGUACUGGGGAGGGUCUUGGGCUCACCCUCCUGCUUCCUGCCUUUAAAACUGACCAGAAUCUAACUGGUUGGAGUUUCUGAUUGGCUGGCACUAGCCAGUUGCCUGGGAGAUGCCGGGGGUGGGGUGUGUGGAGGUGUCAAGGAGGACACAGGCUGUCACAGAGCUCAGCUGCUUCCUGGGGACUUUGUAGAGGGGUGCGUGUGUCUCCCAAAACAUUGAGGGAAUUUUGGUUGUGGGUGCCAUCUGGCUGACGGGCUUUGGUAACCAGGCCAGGCUGUAACUAUGAAGACGGAAUCAUCUUGUGCGUUCUCACUCCCAGUCCUGUAGGAUCCAGGUUGAAAUGUUUAACACGAGUAAUUCCACUUUGAGCCUGGUUUAGGGAGUCGUGACACUGCAGCUUUGGGGAAAAUGCACUUGGGAAUCCAAGAAAAUGAAACUUCUUUUAAAAAGCAAAAUAACACCAACUGUACUGGCUGUUCGGGCACAACCGCAAUAAAGUCUGUUGUAUGAA